AAUUCAAUGGAUGGUUACCCAUGGUAUCAUGCUGACUUACCACGAGAUAAAGCUCACAAGAGUCUUGAGGAAUUCAGGAGGGAUGGGGCCUUCUUAGUCCGUAUUAGUAAGCGUGGAGGACAGAAAAAUCCAUAUACGCUCUCACUUUGGUACAAUAAUCAAGUUCGUAAUCUUUUGAUACGACGUAGGUGUGAUGAAAAGUAUGCAUUAGGCUCCAAGAAGGAAGGAGAGCAGGUGAGAUUGUGUGUUACUAAUUGUCACUAAUACUUGUUUCACACACAAGUGCAUAAUAUGAUUGCUGUUGGUCGAUAACAUACACCAACGAUAACCCAUGAAAGUCCAAAGAAGACAUAUGUCUGGUUGGGUCCUUCUGGUGGUGAUUGGGCAGUCCUGCAUUCUUUAACAUGCACAUAGGCCAUGUUGCACACAUGACCAACAGUUUAAACAUCUCAUUCGAAAGAUGGUGCACUACUGAAAGUUGCAUUUUAGCCUUCCAGCUGAAACACAAAGAGAGCUGCAAUGGGAAUUUAGCAGGUGACCAAGAUAUCUCCACAGUUUGGCGAACACACAGUGGUUACCAACAGUUAGUCGACAGAGCUUAGCAUCUGUUUACUGACCACCCAACUGUUAUCUGUAAACAUACAUGUGAGUGUGUAACCUGUCUCUAC